UCGGACAUGUGAGCAGAUAUCCAGGGAUUGAAAUAUCAAUAUUGCAAUAACUUGUCUCAUUAAAUGUUGUCACCUACACCCCCUUUGCUUUUUUUGAGAAAGCUGUAGGCAUUUAAUGCCUCCUCUCUUUCUCACCAAUAUUCACCACCACUUCAUUCUUGAUACCACUCUCUAACCACCCAUAACUUCACAUAAUCCUUUUCAACUGCACAGAAAUGGGCUAAAAAAUGACAUGGAAAGUGUUUCUUGAACUGAAAUAUGCAGCUUCUUGGCUACAAAUCAAAUUUUAUUAAGCAAGAAGAAGCCAGGGUAUUGACAAAGUACAGCCAAGUUGCUGUGAGGGUAUUAUAGUAGUUUGAGACUAUCUUUUUGGGAGGAAUUUUGGGCUCUUCUUGAUUCCAGCCAUGGUAUGUUUGAAGCAUUUUUCUAGUUUCUCUUUCCCAAUGUUUUUUCCUUUUCUGUUAUUAACUCAUGAAACUAUGGAGAAUGAGGAGUGGUGUUUUAGUUCUGACAAAAAGAUUGAUGAGAAAAGGAAAAAAAGUGAAAGUACUGACUUUUUGUUUGUGUACUUUGGUUUAACCUUAGUGGCUUAAUUUGUUUUUAACUUUGUAUUGUAAUAAUGGGCACUUUUAAGUCCUGUCUGGUAAUGUGGAAAUGUAGAUAUCUUGUAAAAGCUUUUGUGCUCCUUGUGGUAUUUUCAAGAGUUUCAGGGUUGGGAUCAAUGUCUUCAAUUGCCAUAUCUUAUGGUGAAUAUGGUUCUGUUUUCUGCGGGUUGAAGUCAGAUGGAUCUCAUCUGGUGAGCUGCUAUGGCUCCAGUUCUGCUAUAAUCUAUUCAAUUCCAGCUCAUUUCCCUUUUAUUGGUCUAACUGCUGGAAAUGGCUUUGUCUGUGGACUUCUCAUGGACUCCUACCAGCCUUAUUGUUGGGGAAGAAGCAAUUUUAUCCAAAUGGGAGUGCCUCAGCCCAUGAUCAAAGGCUCCCAAUACUUAGAAAUCUCUGCAGGUGAUAAUCAUUUGUGUGGACUAAGGCAACCCUUAAUGGGGAAGCAUAGGAACACUUCAUUGGUGGACUGCUGGGGUUAUAACAUGACAAGAAACAAUGAGUUUGAGGGUCAGAUCCAGUCUAUUUCAGCUGGUUCUGAGUUCAAUUGUGCUUUGUUUUCGCUCAACAGAAGUGUUCUCUGUUGGGGUGAUGAGAUUAGCAGCCAGGUUAUUAGCUUAGCACCAAAAGAUUUGAGAUUUAUCAAGAUUGCAGCUGGGGGAUAUCAUGUCUGUGGGAUCCUAGAGGGGGUGAGUUCUCGAGUGUAUUGCUGGGGAAGUAGCUUGAACCUUGAACAAGAAUUCUCUGCUGCUCAUUCUGCUCAACUCAAUGCUGAAUUAGUGGCUCCUAGAGAUCCAAUUCUAUCCGUUGUUAGUGGUAAGUUUCAUGCUUGUGGGAUUAGGAGCUAUGAUCGUGGUGUCGUUUGCUGGGGUUACAGUGUUGAGAAAAGCACACCACCUCCUAGCGGAGUUAGGCUUUAUGAGAUAGCAGCUGGUGAUUACUUCACUUGUGGAAUCCCGGCGGAGAUUUCACUCUUGCCUGUUUGUUGGGGCUUCGGCUUUCCCUCAUCUCUACCACUGGCUGUUUCUCCUGGAGUCUGCAAGCCUAGACCGUGUGCCUCUGGCUUCUAUGAGUUUAAUGGAAGUACAACUUGCAAGUCUCCUAAUUCCCCCAUUUGCCUUCCCUGCACCAACGGUUGUCCUGCUGAAAUGUAUCAACAGGUUGAAUGCACUUCAUCUACAAACAGACAGUGCACGUAUAAUUGUUCAAGUUGUACCUCUGUUGACUGCUUUUCCAACUGUUCCAGUCCCAUUUCUGAAAAGAAAAAUGCAAAAUUCUGGUCACUCCAGUUACCGGUAAUUGUUGCUGAGGUUGCAUUUGCAGUAUUCUUGGUGAGUGUUGUAUCUCUGACUUCGAUCGUAUAUGUUCGCUACAAAUUAAGGAACUGUAGAUGCUCAGGGAAAGGUGGUUCUAGUCCUAGGAAGAAUAUUGAGAAUGCAAAGGAAAUUGGUAAAGAUAGGGGUGAUUUUGAUGAUCUUAAGAUAAGGAGAGCUCAGAUGUUUAGUUAUGAAGAUCUUGAGAGAGCAACUGGGGGAUUCAAAGAAGAAUCACAAGUUGGAAAGGGUAGCUUUUCGUGUGUGUUCAAGGGGGUUUUGAAGGACGGUACUGUGGUUGCUGUCAAGAGGGCUAUAAUGUCAUCUGACAUGAAGAAGAAUUCCAAGGAGUUCCACACUGAGCUAGACUUGCUGUCCAGGUUGAACCAUGCUCAUUUGCUCAAUUUGCUAGGUUAUUGUGAAGAAGGUGAAGAGAGACUGCUAGUUUAUGAAUACAUGGCUAAUGGCUCGUUGCAUCAACAUCUACACGGGAAAAACAAGGCCCAGUUGGAUUGGAUAAGAAGGGUAACCAUUGCAGUCCAAGCUGCUCGAGGAAUCGAAUAUUUGCAUGGUUAUGCAUGUCCACCUGUGAUUCACAGAGACAUCAAGUCCUCAAACAUUCUUAUAGACGAAGAACACAAUGCUCGAGUGGCUGAUUUCGGGCUUUCCUUGCUUGGACCUGCUAAUAGCAGUUCCCCAUUAGCUGAGUUACCAGCAGGGACGCUUGGGUACCUCGAUCCUGAGUACUACAGACUACAUUAUCUUACAACCAAAUCUGAUGUCUAUAGCUUUGGUGUUUUGCUUUUGGAAAUUCUCAGUGGUCGGAAAGCCAUUGACAUGCAAUACGAUGAAGGGAACAUAGUGGAGUGGGCAGUCCCAUUAAUCAAAGCUGGUGAUAUAGAAGCAAUACUGGAUCCAGUCUUGAAACCACCUUUUGAUCAUGUUGAAGCUCUUAGAAGAAUUGCUAAUAUAGCGAGCAAAUGCGUGAGGAUGAGAGGGAAGGAGAGGCCAUCAAUGGACAAAGUAACGACAGCUUUGGAGCGAGCACUUGCUCAAUUGAUGGGUAGUCCAAGCAAUGACCAGCCUAUCUUGCCAACAGAGGUGGUUCUAGGAAGCAGCAGACUGCACAAGAAGUCCUCAUCAAAUCGGUCAACCUCAGAAACAACAGAUGUUGAGGAUCAGAGGUUCGUCGAAUUCAGAGCUCCUUCCUGGAUUACUUUCCCAAGCGUUGCAUCAUCUCAGAGGAGAAAGUCUUCAGUAUCGGAUGCAGAUGUUGAAGCAAAGAAUUUAGAAACUAGGAACGUCUGUGCAAAUGCCACUGACGGCUUGAGAAGUUUGCAAGAAGAAAUUGGACCAGCUUCUCCUCAUGAACACUUGUUCUUGAAACACAACUUCUAAUUAACAUAACACCAAAAACGAUGUUGAUGCAUAUUUUGUUAGUGGAACAAAUGUAUACAACUAUGUUGUGAAUUCUUGAUAAAUACAACCCCUGUGAUCAAGAAUUCCACCCUCAACCAUAGGCGAUGAGCUCUAGCUAGAUGUUUGAUCAUGUAAUUGUAAGUUCAAUUUUUUUUCUUCUUUUUGCAUUCAAUUCUGAUAAUUUGAUGUUUUCUUGGUAAACUAGAGUUCAUGAUAUCAUGGACGUGUACUGCAUCAUUCUGUUGAGGUGGAACUGGAUUCGCCUAUUCUAA